CAGCCCGAAGCCCCCAAUCCCCAGGAGCCGCGCACCGCGUGGGGCGCAGGAGUAGGACGGGCCAAGCCGGCCUGCGGCCGCAGUGGAAAAACAGGCUCGCGAAGCGCCCCAGAGCUGGCCCAAGCGCCGGAGGCCGGGGGGCGCCUCGCCGCAACUUCUCUUAGGAAGCCCCGACACGCGCCCAGGCUCGCGGGCGCGCUCCCCCGCGGGCGCGCUCCCCCACGGCCACGCGCGCACCCGGCCGCCUGCUCCCCCGCGCGCCCUCCGACUAUUUUUUCCUCUUCCUUUCAUCCUCACGCUCUAAAAUAGGUCAAGGGGUGGAAGUUACACCUGGUGCAGCCCUAGGCUCUGAUGCAAAAGCAGCUUUUGCCCCUGGCUGCGGGACAGCGCUGUGACUACUCGCAACGGGAGAGCUGCUGCUCGUCCCCACACUGCAGAAAGCGCCGGCGACCCGGGCACUGACAAUGGUCUGCAGAGGGGAGCGGAGAGAAGCCUCUGUUCCUCCCUAGAUCCGCCGCCUCGGCGCCCGCCCCAAGGGUGGAGGGGGCGCGACAGGUCGUCUCGCGCGUGUCCCGGAGCCCGCGGCCGGGUCUGCACGCCUGGUCACCUUCGGAAUCCACAUGUGUGGAGACUUAUCCCAGAUCUUUGCCUUCUAAAUUCAACAGUCUAUAAAUCUUCUGGGCCUGUGCUCCCUUCAGAGACUCAUACAAGCAGUUUAUCAUGAGAAGGACUGCACUAUAUCAUUUCACUCUUACAAGUUUUCAUUUAUGUUACACACUGAGAAAGUUAUGUAAAGCAACCAUCACUCUCUGGAUGUGGAGAUUACUGUGAUUCAUAAAGACGAGGUAAUUUUCCUGUAAUCACAGGAUGUCUCAGGAUGGAUCAUGAAGCUGCCCAGCUGGAGAAGCAGCAUGUGCACAAUGUGUACGAGAGCACAGCCCCUUACUUCAAUGACCUGCAGAGCAAAGCCUGGCCUCGUGUCCGCCAGUUCCUCCAAGAGCAGAAGCCAGGCAGCCUCAUCGCUGACAUAGGUUGUGGGACUGGAAAGUAUCUUAAAGUGAACAGCCAGGUGCAUACCGUGGGCUGUGACUACUGUGGGCCAUUGGUAGAGAUUGCCCGGGAUAGAGGAUGUGAAGUCAUGGUAUGUGACAACCUUAAUCUCCCCUUUAGGGAUCAGGGCUUCGAUGCCAUCAUUUCCAUAGGAGUCAUACAUCAUUUUUCUACAAAACAAAGAAGAAUCAGAGCAAUAAAAGAAAUGGCCAGGGUCUUAGUUCCUGGAGGCCAGCUGAUGAUUUACGUGUGGGCAAUGGAACAGAAGAAUCGUCGCUUUGAGAAGCAAGACGUGCUUGUUCCGUGGAACAGGGCCCUAUGUUCCCAGCUUUUCUCAGAGUCCAGCCAAUCCGGGAGGAAGAGGCAGUGUGGACACCCAGAAAGAAGCCAUCCUUACCAUCCUCCUUGCUCCGAGUGUAGCUGUUCUGUUUGUUUUAAAGAGCAGUGUGGUUCAAAACGGUCCCACAGUGUGGACUAUGAACCUGCUAUGGCAAGAACCUGUUUUGCAAAUAUCUCUAAGGAAGGCGAGGAAGAAUAUGGAUUCUACAACACAUUAGGAAAAUCAUUUCGUUCUUGGUUUUUCUCCAGAUCUUUGGAUGAAUCGACUCUGAGGAAGCAAAUUGAAAGGGUAAGACCCUUGAAAAACACCGAAGUUUGGGCCAAUAGCACUGUAACAAUCCAGCCUUCCAGACACUCUAGUUUAGACUUUGAUCACCAAGAGCCAUUUUCAACAAAAGAGCAAAGCUUAGAUGAGGAAGUGUUUGUGGAACCUUCUUCUCAAAAGCACUUAGAGUGGCUGAGAGCACCAGGCACUCAGAAGCAUUUAAAUGGAGACCAUCAAGGAGAAAUGAGGAGAAAUGGAGGGAGGAAUUUUCUGGAUAGCACUCAUACUAGUGUGAAUUGUGCGGGUGUGGGUAACUUAGAAGAUGAUAAUCCUUCUGCUAAUAAAAUAUUGAGAAGGAUUUCUGCAGUCGAUUCCACAGAUUCCAACCCAGAUGAUACAAUUUCUGUCGAAGACCCACAGCCCGAUAUUUUGGACUCCAGAGCCUUUAUGCGCUACUACCAUGUGUUUCGAGAAGGGGAGCUCUAUGGUCUGCUCAAAGAGAAUGUGUCAGAGCUCCGUAUCCUGAGUUCUGGGAAUGAUCACGGCAACUGGUGUAUCAUUGCAGAGAAAAAGGGAAGUUGUGAUUGAUUGUAUCCUUUUAGACAACUCCAAAAGAUUAACCACAUUCUUUCGCUACGUUUGAUAUGGUUACAUGAAAUUGCAUUCAGUUUUAUUAUUUGUUAAUCCAUUAAUCCUUUGUCUGCAGAGACUACGAAUUAUUUGGUUGUUUUUCUUUUUAACUUUGAAUAAGCACAGAUACUGGCACUGAAAGCACUUGACAAAGGGCAUUUGUGCUUAAAUGUUAAUAUAAAAGAUCUGAAGAAGCAACAGAAAAUGCCCGUCAGUACAGUUCAGAUUUUUUUAACCCCUGAAGGGUAAAAUACAUGGAUAGUGAUUUUCAGUAUUGUGCAUUGAUUUAAAAAGUUGAUGCUGUUAAAUAAUCUUUUCAAACAGUAUUUUUAUAAAGUGAGGGGAUAAUUUCUGGUUCCUAGGUUAUAACUGAGAUCAGUGUGCAAGACAACAGGGAAACUUAAUCCAUUGCACAGAUAAUACAUUGAACCAUGUGAUGAGUUAUUUUGUUGCCAAGGUCUUGCUUCUACUUAAAGUUUUGAGAAAACUGAGUGACUGGAGAGACCCAAGAAGUGUUGCAAGGACUUUUCUAAAUUAUAAGCAAACUUGCUUCAAAAUAAGUUGACACAUGAUAAUAAUGUUUUCAAUGUAGCCCAUGAGGUUUUUAAAGGCACUGUUAGGUUGAACAUGGUGGCUCAUGCCUAUAAUUCCAGCACUUUGGGAGACUGAGGUGGAAGGACCACUUGAACCCAGGAGUUCA